AUGGGCCUGGCGGUGAGCGAUUUCGCCCAGGCGAUCGUCGGCGCGAUGAUCGGCGCGGGCGUGAGCACCGGGGCGGAGCUGAUCAUCGACGACCGGAUCUUCGACCGCGACUUCGUGCACCCGACGUGGCCCAAGGGCCAGCUCAACCGCUGGUACUGCGCCGAGGUCGCCGGGCUCACCUUCCACACGAACACGAUCUCGAUCUUCGCGACGCCCCAGCGGCCGGGCACGCCGCCGUCGAUCACCCUCGAGCCGGACGCGCGGUGGCUCGAGAUCGAUCCGCGCAAAGCGCGCUCGGUCAACUCCGGCCGCCACACCCUUUGGGCCGCGCGCCAGCACAUGACCAACAACAUCUCCCUCCGGGGGGACUCGCGCCACGCCUCCACGCCCGUCGAAGUCACCGUGCACGACCCGGCCGACUUCUUCGGCAAGCUCAUCGAGCAGACGAUGAGCAACGAGGGCAUCCCGGCGCGGGGCGUGCGGCUCGCCGUCGAGACCGACCGCCUCGACGAGAUCCCGGUCGUCCAGACGAUCCGCACCCACAUGCCCACCGUCCUGGAGCGGUGCAACACCGACUCGCAGAACCUCUACGCCGAGUCGCUCCUCAAGCGCAUGGGCCACGAGAUCACCGGCGAGGCCGGGAGCUGGCGGAACGGGACGACGGUCGUCCGCAUGGUCGCGCGGGAGCGCGCCGGCGCGGUCUCCGGCAAGGACGUCAUCGUCGCGGACGGCUCGGGCAUGAGCCGCGAGAACCGCGUGACCCCCGAGACGAUCGUCCGCCUCCUCGUCUCCUGCGCCAAGGACAAGAAGGUCUACACCCCGCUCCUGGAGAGCCUCGCCACGCCCGGACGCGGGACGCUCCGCUCGCGGUUCACCUCCGCAGGCGAUUCGCUCCACGGCAACGUCUACGCGAAAUCGGGCUACCUCAAGGGCGUGAGCGCCCUGUCGGGGUACGUCACGGACGAGCGGACGGGCCGGGCCGCGGCGUUUGCCGUGAUCCUGAACGACGUCCCGAGCUCCGUGGCGCGGUCGUGGGUGAAGGACUUCGAGGAGGGCCUCGUCCGCGCGAUCGACGAGCACUUCCACUCGGGCGAACCGGGGCGGAUCCUCGGGCCGCGAUCCAACGGCACAUCGGGGACGUCCGGGGGCGCGAUCCAGCGCACCAUCGACGAGCUGCACGCGCGCUACGCCGACCUCAGGGAGGGCCGCGUGGCGGACUACAUCCCCGAGCUCGCCAAGACGGACCCGGACCUCUUCGGCAUCGCCGUCGUGACGGUCGACGGCGAGGUGUACGCCGCCGGCGACGCCGAGACGACCUUCACGCUCCAGUCCAUCUCCAAGCCCUUCGUCUACGGCCUCGCGCUGGAGCAGCACGGUCGGCAGAAGGUGCUGCAGCACGUCGGCGUCGAGCCGACGGGCGACGCGUUCAACUCGAUCAUCAAGAUGGACGCCGCGAACCGCCCGCACAACCCGUGCGUGAACGCGGGGGCGAUCGCGACGACGGGGCUCCUGGAGGGGGACGAUCCCACCGCGCGACUCCAGGCGAUGCUCGCGAUGUUCGAGAAGUACACCGGCGAGCGCGUCCGGGUGGACAUGUCCGUGUUCACCUCCGAGCGCACGACGGGUCACCGCAACCGGGCCAUCGCCCACUUGCUGCUCAACUUCGGCAUGAUCGAGCACAACGUCGAGCAGAUCCUCGACCUGUACUUCCAGCAGUGCUCGAUCAACGUCACCACGCGCAAGCUCGCGGUGAUGGCCGCGACGCUCGCGCACGGCGGCGUCAACCCGAUCACCGGCGAGCGGGCCAUCGAGCCGAAGUACCUGCGCGACGUUCUGACCGUGAUGUACACCUGCGGGAUGUACGACUACGCGGGCGAGUGGGCGUACACCGUCGGCCUGCCCGCCAAGAGCGGGAUCUCGGGGGGCAUCCUCGCCGUCGUCCCUGGCGUCGGCGGCCUCGCGGUCUUCUCGCCCCGCCUCGACGAGCACGGGCACUCCGUCCGGGGCUUGCGCGUCUGCGAGGACCUCAGCGCCGAGUUCGGCAUCCACCUCUUCGACGCCUGCAUGCACGACGACCCGGGCGAGACCGUCAGCGGGAUGUUCCAGCGCCGGACGCCCGACGAACAGGACGAGGACCGCAUCGACCACGAGAGCACCAUGAGCCCGACGCACUACGAGCCCGACCGCGGGCGGGCGCCGGAGCCGGGGCCGGAGUCGCACUGCCUCGCCGGCGACCCCCUCCCGCGCGAGGACGCCGCCGCCAUCCUGAGCGAGGGCACCCCCCUGCUCCCCCUUCUCCAUGCCUGCGGGGAGAUCCGGCGGGCGCGGUUCGGGAACCGCGUGCAGGUGCACGUGCUCAACAACGUCCAGAACGGGGCCUGCCCCGAGGACUGCGGCUACUGCGGGCAGGCGAAGACCUCCGACGCGCCGAUCCAGCCGUACAAGCUCAAAUCGCGCGAGGAGAUCAUCGAGGAGGCCGCCCAGGCGAAGGCGAGCGGGGCGUUCCGGUACUGCAUGGUCCUCUCCGGACGCGGGCCGAGCGACGCGGACAUCGACCACAUGACCGGCUGCAUCCGCGAGGUGAAGGCGAAGUUCGGCCUCGAGACGUGCCUCUCCUCCGGCCUGCUCGACGCGGACAAGGCGCAACGCCUCCGCGACGCCGGCCUCGACCGGCUGAACCACAACCUGAACACCUCCCGCGAGCGCUACCCCGAGAUCUGCACCACGCACACCUACCAGGACCGGGUGGACACGCUCACCGCCGCGCGGUCCGCCGGGCUCCAGCUCUGCACGGGGCUGAUCGUGGGGAUGGACGAAUCCGCGGAGGACCUGAUCGACGUCGCCACUGAGUUGUCGUCGCUCGGGGCGGAAUCGAUCCCGGUGAACUUCCUCGUGCCGAUCCCGGGCAACCGCGUGAAGACCCCCCGCUCCUGCGGCGCGGCGCUCUCGCCCCGCUUCUGCCUGCGGGUGCUCUGCCUGUUCCGCCUGAUGAACCCGAAAGCCGAGGUCCGCGUCGCGGCCGGUCGCGAGCACCACCUGCGCUCGCACCAGGCGCUGGCGCUGGAGCCGGCGAACUCGCUCUUCGUGGACGGCUACCUGCUCACGCAGGGCGACGGCCCGGUCGGCACCCUCCGGAUGAUCCGCGACGCGGGAUACGACAUCGACCUCCACGGCGCCGAGUGGCCCGAUCGACUGCGUCGAGCGGUCGAGAACGGCACGCUCGACCCCAACGCGGAGCUGGACGGCGAGCUGAACAUGCUCAAGCCGGACCGCCUCUCGGAGCGCAAGCUCGCGAAACUGCGCGUUCGCGUCGGCGAGGACGCGCCGGUCGGGUAG